AUGAAGCUGACAUACAUUCCUGCUACACUGAGCGCUCUGGUCUCCUUAGGGAGUGCCCAGGCUGGCCCAAAUACGCUGGCAAGGUACAAUCCAGCCAACAGAACAAUGUCAGCCAACACAACCUACUGCCUGGUCCCUAUCAAUAAAAGCCUUGUUAAGACCAUCACGGGCUACGACCCCCUCGAUAUCGAUGCCAGCAUUCUGCCGUCCUUCCCAGCCGGCAAGCACCCACUCAUCGUCCAGUCCGGGUACAACAACGACAUCCGCAUGACUGCUUUGAACGUGGUGCCUCUGCAGAUCGAAUCCCUCAUGCAAGGCUCUCUCAUUGUGCCCUAUGUCGACGUCACAAAGGACGGAAAGACUCCUAUCGGUGCUCCUGUCAACUUCUACAUCGGAGGCACCAAUGGACAGACACUCCAGGCGAUCGUGCCAAGUAUUGCCUCGGGCGUAUCGCCUUUUGAAGGCACAACCAUCUUUCCUGCGAUAUUCGCGCCUGACACGGUUGCAGCCAAGUCUCUUCCCAACGGCUUCUACAGUACACAAGUCAAGCCAUUUCUUCUCCCGAACCCCGUCUCUGGACCUGGCGUCUACGCUGCAGCUUUCGAUAUUUUAUUCGAGCUUACCAAUGACUCUCCCUAUACUGCCCAUACGUUCCACUCGCUGAUCAACAAUCCUCAACUUCUUAACAACAAGAAGUGUCAGCGCAACACUAUCUACUUCAAUGAUACAUUUGCUGAUCCCAAGAUGGCUAUUGCUGAAGUCACACUUUAUCAUCAAAUUCUGGGAACUCCACCGGCUGGAUUGGAGGGAGCUUACGAGGAUGUGUAUUGUUAUACUGCCAACGGACAGGUAGUCUCUGGAGUGGGCGAGUCUUGUGCGGCUGCAGCAGCGAACUUCGAUCCGAAUGCCAGGAUUUGA